AUGAGUGCCUCUGCUGGUAAAAAGACCUCUCCUCCUGCUGCUGGGGGCCCGGAUGCUCCCAGACCUUAUGUCUGUCCGAUAUGUUCGCGAGCGUUUCAUAGGUUAGAGCACCAGACAAGACAUAUACGAUCACAUACAGGUGAGAAGCCCCACGGUUGUGACUUUCCAGGUUGCGGGAAGAAGUUUAGCAGACGAGAUGAACUCACCAGACAUAAGAGGAUUCACGCAUCAGAUCGACCAAAGGGCAAGCGAGGACGUAAGAAGAAGGUUGACCAAGAAGCACCCGCAUUGUCAGAGGUCCCCGCUGCCCCUCAAGUGUUACCGCAUUCAAAUCCAAGGCCUCAAUUUCAUGUGGAGUCCCCCGAGGGAGAUUAUUCCCAGCCGCCCAGUAUUACAAACGGCUCUCCGCCUCAAUUUUAUCCCGGGCGCCAAGCGUUACCCACAGCCAUGUCAGGCACCGGGUUGCACUCGCAGUAUCUUCAAUUCAUUCCUCACAAAUCCCCCAUGCUUGGCGCCUCCAUGGGUCCAGUAAUGAGACCUAAGCUGGGCGCCUUGUCGUCGCUCCAGCGUAUGACGCCGCUGAACCCUACUACGAAUGCUACAAGCGGCGCAAGUAAUAUGAAGAAUGGCACUUCACUGCCGCCUGUUUUGCCUCGCCCAAAAUCCCUCACUCACCUAUCGCCGGAAACCGCUGCAGAGCCCGCUCUCUCGCCCGCCAGCUAUUCGAACCCAGUAACAAGAAAUACCUCCAACACAAGUCUUUCCUCGCUGGCGUUCGAGGCAUCAUGCAUGGAACGCAUGAAUGCACUACAUUCUGAUGACGAUGACGACGGCAAUGCACGUGCCAGAAAAAAAUCCCGUACUGGGACUCCAUCGCCGCGCGGCAGCUUCGCCUCGCUCAGUUCCAUGGCGGAUUUCUCCGCCGAACUACAACAUCGCCUACAUUUGCACGCCAACUCUUCCUCUGCACUUGAUUCUCUUUCCUACAAGUACGUUGACACUGGCUAUGACAGCCAUAUCUCCCACUUACUGCUCUACAAUCACGCCCAAGCCCCUGCAGACUCACUUCGUACGACACCUUUAAGCACCCCACCGGUUGGCACAACGGAAUCUCUGGUAUCUUUACCGCCUAUACGCAGUCUUCCGCUUCUAUUUCCGGACAAUAGCAGUGGGGCAGGGCAGCGACCGGACGAUUUACGUGGCACACAAGGUUGGAGGACUGAGUAA